AUGUUGGACCCCUGCGCCGACUCAGCGCAGCUUCUUUAUCCUUGCGUACUUUUUUCUAAGCAGCGCUUCUGUCUUUCGAAAAAGCGAAAUGACAAAAAGGUGCUCAUGCCGGUAGGUGACUGUAUGGAAGGUUACGAGGUCAUAGUUCCUUUUCAAGCCCUCGAGUCGCUGGGAGUAAUUGUGGAUGUCAUCUGUUCUGGAACAAAGAAGGGCAACGCUAUCACGACCGCCAUUCAGGACUUCACAGGCUGCCAGAUAUAUGUGGAGAUGCGUGGCCAUAGCUUCAUCAUUAGGAAGACAUUUGACGAAGUGGAUGUAGUAGAGUGCCAAGGGCUGUACAUUACCGGUGGACGCGUGCCACAGUACAUUCGUCUAAAGCAGAAAGUCUUAGAGUUCACUCGCCGCUUCUUUAACCAUAACCUUCCCGUUGCUGCCCUUUGUCACGGAAUCCGGGUUUUGGUCGCCGCAGGCGUGACCGAGUCGCGCACCUUGACGUGCUACCCUGCACUCUCGCCGGGCGUGAGAGUCGCUGGAGGCAAGUACAAAGAGGUUCUUCCCACCGAGACGGUCAACGAUUGA